AUGAUCAUGUUCCAUUUCUGGAUCGAAGGCCAUUCUAUGUCUAUCAUUGAAGUUGAUGGUCUGGACGUCGAGCCCUAUGCGGUUGACUCCAUCAAUAUUCAUUAUUCUGUACUGGUCCGUGCGCGGAAUGGUACCGACCAUCGAUGGCGAAUUCAUGCCAACGUGGACCCUGCGAUGUUUGACGUCCCACCUCCGUACCCCAAGCUCAACUAUACCAGUGUACUUACCUAUGGUAACGAGAGCGCCCAUUUGGCCAUGGAAAAUCCACGUUGA